AUGGCUUCGAUCAGAUCCCGCGGAGCCUUGAGAAGCUUCACACGAAACGCUACCCUUGACUUCUUCUACUCGAAACCUCCACGACACCGAUGCUUCGCCCAUAAACCCUCCCUACUGCUAGUUGCUCGGCCCACACCACGUCCGCAGUUACCUUUCCUUCAUCCAGUGACACGAAUAAACCUUGUCCAAGCACAUAUUGGACGAUUCAUCUCCACGGAGCGCAAACAAAGAUGGAAGGCCCAGCUUUGGCGCCAAUUGCGCUUCCAUGCCUACCUCUGGCCUGCCGUCUUCUUUCUCACCAUCAUGACGAUCGGUAUCCAGCAAACAAAGUUUGAAAGGGACUAUCCGACACCGCGAGACUGGUCAUUCUGGAGCCGCUGGCUCUUACGGAACGCCAAAUUCACGGAGUUUAGUGACGGUGCCAAAGUACAUCAGGUAUUGACCGAUUGGGUGAAGGCGGGGCGCUAUUAUCUAAGUGUCCUGGAAAGAUUGGAGAGCGAAGACUAUGACGGAAAGUUCCUGCUACCAUCUGAAGCCAGUGGAUCGUAUGCAGACAGCCUGGGAAUAGCAGGAUUUGACAUAAGUGCCAAAAGCGAGCAGUGGCGGCGGGGAUACUAUGAAGCUCUGAUGGGCGCUGGAAGAGUGGCAGAGAAUCUUGAUGGCAUAUGCAAGAGAAAAGGAGAAGCCUCUGGACGAGUGUAUUCCAGGGACAGUAUACCUGGGCCUGACAACCCAAGGCCGAAGCCGCUCCCCUGGGACAAGAAAAGAGGCCAAGAGACUCCGCCUACGGCAGACGAGGUGGAGGACGCUUUCCCAUCACCAGAGAUGUUUUACAUGAAGGUGUUAACCACCAACGGCUUUGACACAAGGCAGAGGCUAGAAGCAGCUAUGGCCUAUGCCGAUUGGUGUGAUUUUAAAGGCUUAGCCGAGACUGCUGAAGAUACCUAUCGUUGGGCUAUGGACAUUGCUCAGUCCGGUCUGCCCGGUGGUGCGACCGCCGUCAUCGACACCAAGACGGGCGUUAUCGUCAAGGGAAGAGAAGAUGGGGUUACAGAAAAUGUCCUGAAAGUCUGCACUGCAUAUGCAGUACACCAUGCAAAGGCUGGGAAUGUCAAGCAAGCAUUGCCGAUAUUCCUCAGCGUCCUACGAGCUAGGAAAAAUCUCCCUCCAUCACCAUACGGCGUGAUAGGCAAGAAAGAGCGAGCCAAGCAGGACGAGGGCCUAUGGCCGUACCUUUACUCUCUGAAAGAUUUGAUCAUUGAACGACCAUUCCCUCCGCCGCCACCUACUGGCAAUGAGAGGCCAUAUCACACUUUGAAGGAAGCUUGCGAAGAGGUGGGACUGAUGACUUAUAUUGGCGAGAUCCUGUUCGCUACCAGCGACAGUGAAAGGCAGAAGGGCCUUAGCUGGACUCGAGAUAGUGUCGAAGCUGCUGAAGCCGUCAUGUGGGUGAUGGAGGAGCAAAAGGAGGAGGAAGGCAAGGAACGGUGUCGUGAAUGCCUCGAGACUGGUCUGCAGAACUGGAAAGACAUGUCUCGACAGAUGGCUCGUCUAGCAGCAAAGAAGGAGCGAGAAAUUGAGAAUGACAAUGGCUGGCUUGGCCUCGGUUUGGGAAAGGCACGGCGAAUAGCAGAAGCUCAAAGGGAGAAAGAGAGGUGGGAAGAAGAGAAUGUACAGAUUCAGCUGAGGAAAGAAAAGACUCUGCCACUGACGCAGCCUGUGAAGCCUCUGGCUGGAGGAUGGUGA